AUGUCGGGUCGUGGCAAGGGAGGCAAGGGCUUGGGGAAGGGCGGCGCAAAGCGACACCGUAAGGUACUUAGGGAUAAUAUCCAGGGCAUAACUAAGCCGGCCAUCCGCCGUUUGGCUCGCAGGGGAGGCGUCAAGCGUAUAAGCGGUCUCAUCUACGAGGAGACUCGAGGCGUGCUCAAGAUCUUCCUCGAAAACGUCAUUCGCGACGCUGUCACCUACACAGAACAUGCCCGCCGUAAGACUGUUACUGCCAUGGAUGUUGUGUAUGCGUUGAAGAGGCAGGGCCGUACCUUGUAUGGAUUUGGCGGUUAG